AUGUGCUCCGGCAAAGCCUCAGAAUUAAAAAAUACGAAGCAGUUACUUGAUUACUUGAAAGAACUAUUUCUGGAUCGCAUGAAACUCUUAGCCACUCCUGGCUUAUACAUUCAUAUUGAAAAACUUUUGGGGGAAGAAAUACUGCGUGUUCAGAGCGAAUUGUUUUCAACAUCCGGUAUCUGUCCAAUAAAAGAAAGGGAAUUGCCAAAACCCGAUGGCCCUAAGGUUAAUCUACAAGCUAAAAUAUAUAUGCCGAUGGACUCUACCAACAAUUACAACUUUGUUGGACGAAUUCUUGGUCCCCACGGAUCCACUGCUAAAUGUUUACAACAAUUUUUAGGAGUAAGAAUUAUGAUUCGUGGUCGUGGAUCUAUGCGAGAUCAAACAAAAGUUGGAGCAAAUUUUGUUCGGCCAAACUCGGAGCAUCAUUUAAAUGACAAUUUGCAUGUUCUAAUUACUGUUGAAGAUUACGAAAAUCGUGCUAAAGUUAGACUUGAAAAAGCCAGCGAAUAUAUUAGUAUGUUUCUACAGGAAAGUGUAAAAGUAUCGGAUAAGGAAGACAAAGUGAAAAUGAUGCAAUUAAUGGAAUUGUCCAUCCUUCGUAAAGCUUGGCCAAUAAAUUUCACCAAAUUAUCGAAAUUUAAUUUCCAAUCAAGAAGAAAUACACUUUUUGAUAAAUCAAUCACUAUAGGUCAUACCAGUGGAUACAUAUCUGGACCGUAUACAUCACCAGCUUUACAACAUGGUCAACAUUUUCUACCUUUUCCAAAUCCACACCUUCAAGAUCAUCCUCAAGAAAGUCAUCAACAACGGCAACAACAACAGUCUGUUGAUAUUCCUACUGGUCAGUCACGUUGUGAUCCCGGUGGAUUUUCACAAUAUCAUUAUCAAAAUAAUUUUGUAUUUCCAUCGCCCAGUUCAUGUGAUCUUGAUGCUACAAUGUAUUUACAUAAUGACUCUGGUCGACGUGGUUUUACAGGAUAUUUCGGAUCGAAUUGUCAACAUAUACAAAAGCAAACACUAUCGACCACACCAAGUAUACCUAUGGCACCCUUAGCCGUCAGUUAUUGGUCAUGCACAUAUCCUAGUUUACCAUCUCCAGAUUAUCCUAUUCAACACUCAGAAAUGAAUCGUAACCCUACUACUGUCAACACAAACAGUCGACAACUAUGUCAUAUUCAUGAACAUUGUCCUUCGGACAAUGUAAUAUCUCAUAGUUUUAUAAAUAGUUUACCACAAUCAAAUUAUACAACACCGUUGAUGAUUCAUUCACCGCGACAACAAUGUCCUCAGAGUAAUCAAUAUUUACCAUUCCAUGGAAAACAACUUGUUACAUCGAAUAAGUUGACAAGUCAAGUGCGUAUUAACUGUGUUAGUAACUCUCAUAACACUAAUCAAACGCGUCGCCGUCAUCAUCAUCAAAAUGGUAGCACUUAUAGUGGUGGGUCCGUUGAAGAGUUUCAUAAAAGGUUACAAAAGCAUUCAUCAGGCGAUGAAAGUGUUCUUCACCAUCAUAAAUCAGAAGAAUUUAUUCACAAUAGUGUAAUUAUUGAUGAUAACAACAAAAAUAAUAUUAAUGAUAAUAAUAAUAAUAAUGAUAGUAAUAAUAAUCAUUCACUUUCUAUCGGUGCGUUAAAACGAAACCCUACCAAUGGAAUAAAGAAAUUUCAUUCUGAUAAGUGUAAAACUAUAAUUACCACUAGUAGUAGUAGUAACACUCACAAUACUACUGCUUCUACUAAUCAUAUAGGUCAUCAUCAACAGCGAUUCAAUGGUCAAGCAAGUACCAAUGAAAAUGUUGUCAUUACCUCUCGUAGCAGUCAUAAUUCGAUUCAUGCUCUUAACCCUACUGAUAUUGCUAAAGUAAAUAAUGAUAAUAAUAUCCGUAAAAGUACUAAGAAUUGUUUAAAUGAACAGGGACAACAGUACCAACACGAGUAUUAUGAUGGUUAUACAACUGGGAUGGAAAAAGUUAACAGUAUGCCUCGUAAUGAGUAUAAAAAGAACAGUUUUAAGUCUAGGACUAAUCAUACUAAUACCACUACCAAUACUAAUACUUGUAUUAGUCAUAAUAAUGCUAUCAUUACAUCAACUAUUAACUCUGUUACAAGUAGAAUUAAAACAAUCAAUCAAGAUAAAAAGUAUUUUAUUAAAAAUACUGAGGUUAAUAUAAUAAAAAGUAAUCCGUCUAACAGAAAAUUAUCUGAUUCAAGCUUAAAACCUAUUGGAUUAGUUACAGAUGAAACAGAGUGGCCAAGACUUGGGACUAGUGUGAAUUCACUUCAAACAUCAACUGUCAAUAAUUCUCAACGGUUGUCAUCUAAAUUAAAUGUUGUUUUGAAUGAUGAUGUUGGUGAUAAUAAUAAUGAUGAUAAUAAUGCUCAAUCGAUAACAUUAUCACAUAAUUCCAAGUCUAAUUCACUUGAUAUUGAUGAUAAUAAUAAAGUUGAGAUAAAUCAUCAAUCAUCAUUGUCAACAUUCAAAUCGACCGGGUGA